CAUCCGGGAACAGAUUCAAACCAGGUGCAAGAAAGUUCAUUUUCUGAAGAAGUGUAGCUUUGCUACAUGCCGCUUUGCCGGCUCGGAACUGGACGCUCGGGACUCGGAGUCCCUCGGGCGGCAAAAGCUCCGGGGGCAUUGGAGCAAAAAGAAAUAGUGGAUGAUGCAGAAGGCACAUAAGGAUAGAUUUAUGAAAGGCGCAAUGUAUGAAAAAUGUCUGAAUAUUUUUUCUGGAGGCAAAAGAUUAGAUAAAAAGGAUAUCUCUCAGAAAGCACCAUGUCCACGACUACUAAAUGCACCAUCGACCUAUCUCGAGAUGAGGUCGCCUCUCGCCAUUUGACCUUCAGUUUAAUUCCACCGAACUCGAACCGUCGAUCACCCCUCGAAUAUCCCACAGUGGAACCAUAUGCAACGAAACAACAGUGUACCAAAAACUCAACCUCUCUUCCAAAAGUCAAAUGUAUUGUGCAAGCACGCAUACCAACCAGCUUUGGCGCAGAGCUGCGGCUACACGUUUACAAGAAUAAUAUUGACGACAAGUCGCACCUGGCAUAUGUUUUCGGAGACCACAUUCAGAGCCGAAGCUUGAAUCGAGCGAACAAAGACGAGACACAACUGGACCGAAUGAUUCGAGGAGCAUAUAAAGGACGAUUAUGGCCUGGGCAGAUCAUCACAGAUGAUUCGCGGUUGAGCCAAGAAGGCACGCCUUCUUCUUCGAAUACAGAUUCAACAUUGGUUCGCGUUCAUUCGGAAUGCUAUACCGGCGAGACUACCUGGUCGGCCAGAUGUGACUGUGGAAAUCAACUAGAGGAAGCAGCACGUAUGAUGGCCACAUCAAAUAGUGGGGUGAUUGUGUAUCUCCGGCAGGAAGGUCGUAACAUUGGACUCGCAGAUAAGCUUAGGGCAUACAAUCUUCAGGAUAUGGGCCUGGAUACGGUCGACGCAAAUCUUGCCCUUGGGCGCCCAGCAGAUGCUCGGUCAUAUGGGAUAGCGACCGCCAUUCUGAUGGACCUUGCCCUGGGGAAUGAUUCGGGCAGUUCUGGUAUUCGCUUGUUGACGAAUAACCCGGAUAAGCUCGGGGAAAUUGAAGGUCCUCAUGGGGAACUUACGGUGAAAGAGAGGGUGCCUAUAAUUCCAGUGCCGAUAGAUUCAUCGAGAGGCUGGGUGUCCAACAGCAUUGAGCUUCAUAACUAUCUACAAACCAAGGCAGACAGGAUGGGACAUCUCCUGUGAAGAGAUAAAAAGUCUGAACAACGAACCUAAAUGGGACUGUCGUGUCACGUAGUUAUGAUAGGAGGGGACUGGAUGGUGUUUUGAGGACAAGAUAAAAUCCAAUGUACCAACACUUAAUAGAUCAUACAUAAGAUAUUGCAUGUGGC